AUGACGACGUAUACCACCACACCUGACCACAACAUUCAGUUAACGACACAAGGCAUGACCCAGGCCCUCCGUGUCGGCGAACACCUCCGUCACGUGAUAGGCAACGACGACUGCUUCCCUAACUGGCGGGUGCAGUUCUACGUGUCCCCCUACACCUGCACCCAAUCGAUGCUCCACGAGCUUAAACGGUGUUUCUUAAAGAAGAGGAUUAUCGACGUGAGAGAAGAGUCGCGAAUCCGAGAAAAGGAUUUCAGAAACUUUCAUGUGAAAGAAAGGAUGAAUGUUAUAAAGGAAAUACACGAAUAUAUAUCCAUCCAUCUUAAGAAAUUUGAUCAGCUCCAUAGUAGAUCACUCCACGUCUUCGACGAAGGACAUCACUCUCAUCCCAUCUUCAGCGAUGCAUCCUCCCGUUCUCGUGUCUUCUCUCAAGGAUGUUGCCGUUUCCCAUUCUUUGGUGUGGACAUUGUGUUCUGUGCAAACAAGCAGAAAGGAUAA